CCAGCCACUGGCGACUGGCGUUAUCGUUUUCUUUCGCUCUCCAACUUCUUUCAUGCCAGUUUUCUCACAUUCCCAUUCCCACCACCUUUUCCAUGCUCAUAUAUUAUAUAUUCACCGCUCUUCGUCCUUCAUGCAUAUUCUCUCUCUCUCUCUCUCAGCUCUCAACAAGUUUUCCCGACAAGACAAAUUAACAAAUUGCGUUACAGUAUUAGAAAAUAGUACGAGAAACCGGAGAUGGGGGAAAAUUAAAGUAACCUAAUAAGUAUAGUAGGCCGGAUUAACGAACUGCCGCCAUUGAAGGAAAGAGAGAAGAAAUAAUUUUGGAAGUGCUUAGCUUGUUGCUGGUAGCUAGCUGAAAGAUAUGUUGGGAAGUGGUGGCUAUGGCGGCGGAGGAGAGACUAGUGAUCAGAUUAUGAGUAGCAGUAUGCUUUUCCCGCCGGUUCAAGCUCACCAGCAAUUUCAAGGUUUGAUGAACUAUGACGAUCAGAAUCUAAUCCAGAUUCUGGAGAAUGGAUGGAUUGAACGGAACUCAGACAUUAUUGGAAUGAAUUUCGCAGUUUCCAGCUGCUCACCAGCCGCCGCCGCAGCAGCGGCGGAGACAAUAUCCGCCGGGAAAAAGAAAGACGCUUUUCCGGCGGAAAAGCUGGAAAGAGAGAGCUACAAGAGGAGAAAAACCGACAAGGCAGUUGCAGAAGAGGAAAGAAAGGACAGGAAGCUGAAAGGAUGCCAACAAGAAGACGUCAGAACAGAGCACACUAACAACAAUAGCAAGAAAGAACACAGCACUGACACUUCCAAGGUAACACAAGACAAAAAGCCAGACUACAUUCAUGUCCGGGCACGACGGGGCCAAGCCACAGACAGUCAUAGCUUAGCAGAAAGAGUGAGGAGGGAAAAAAUCAGUGAGAGAAUGAGAUACCUGCAGGAUCUAGUACCGGGGUGCAAUAAGAUCACUGGGAAAGCUGGAAUGCUAGAUGAGAUAAUCAACUAUGUCCAGUCACUGCAAAAACAAGUAGAGUUCUUGUCAAUGAAACUGGCUGCUGUUAAUCCAAGACUCGAUUUCAAUAUUGACAGUUUAUUCACCAAAGAGAUGUUUCAAUCUAGUCCAUCUAAUUUUCCCCCGGUCGGAAUAAUAUCAGAUGUGUCUACUCCUUUCAAUCUGCUGCAAUUAGUUGCAUCUUCGGGAUUGGAAAUGGGCAUAAGUCCUUCAGAUAUGGCUCUUAGAAGAACCAUUAAUUCUCAUGUCUCAGUACCCAAAACACUCCUCAAUUCGUCCGGUAUAAAUCAGGGACAGACCUGUCCAAUUUGGGAUGGAGAGUUACAAAACCUGUAUGCCAUGGAGGUUCAACAAGGAAGAUCAGCAUCCUUCACUUCACAGCCAUUUAUGGAGUAGAGAUAUCACUACAUGAUUGAGACCUGAGAAGCCCACAAAAAGUAUAUGAGAUUGCAAAAAGGAAUAGUUGGGCCCUCUGAUGUAUGCCAUGAAAGUUGCCUGUUAGGUAUCUUUCUUUUUCCUUGUUUUCCAAUUAAACAGAUUUUUUUUUAAUAAAAAAUACUAUUAAUACUUUUGGAUAAUGAUAAACUCAAAAUCCAGCCUCCAGGGACAACCAAACCGGUACUUGACCAAGUAGAGACAGAGUGACCUUCCAUGACCACAUAACCAUUAUGCAUUAUUAAGACUAAUAAGUGAAACAGGACUAUAGUUUACACCCAGUAUAUUUUAAUGAAAAUUCCACUCAAAGAGUCAAAGUGCUUAAGCUAAGUAU